CCAUUCUCAUACACUCUCCGCUGCGCUGCACUCAGCUGCUCUACCACAGCAUACCUGCACGUAGUACUCCUAGUCCUAGCUAUCAGUAUUGGGCAAAGAUGGGCAUUGCCGCAAGGAGCCGAUGAUGGGAUCGAUGCCGUGCUCCGACGACGACGCGCUCCUCUUGUGCGGCGAGGACGCGGGCGAGCUGGGACGCGACGGCGGCCCGGGGCGCCACUGCACCGACGACACUGCCGGUUUUCGUGAGCCGCUGGUGCAGGAGGACUACUACGCCGACGUGUCUGUCACAGGGGAGACCGAGUACUCGCCGGCGGUGGGAUGCCCGGACCGCCCGACGAGCGACCGGCCGGCCGGCUGGGCGGAGUCCGUUUCUUGGAUCCUCAAGGCCCGGUCGUACCACGGCUUCCAGCCGGCGACGGCGUACCUCGCCGUGAGCUACAUGGACCGGUUCCUGUCCUCCCGUCGCCUGCCGGAUCAUGGAUGGGCGUUCCAGUUGCUGUCUGUGGCUUGUUUAUCUCUGGCAGCCAAGAUGGAGGAAACAUCAGUACCUUCCCUCCUGAACCUUCAGAUUGAGAGCACAAGAUUCAUUUUUGAACCACGGACGAUUCAAAGAAUGGAGCUCCUCGUCCUCGCACAGCUGGAUUGGAGGCUCCGGUCCCUGACGCCGUUUGCGUUCAUCGACCUGUUUGCUUGCAAGGCCGAUUCAUCAGGAAGGUGCACAAGAAGCCUGGUCUUGAGAGCAUGCCAAAUAACUCUCAAUGCAAUCCAUGAAACCGAGUUCCUGAACCACUGCCCUUCAUCAAUGGCGGCAGCCGCCGUGCUAUUCGCAGUGACUGAGACACCAGCCAUGUCACGCGUCAGCGCCAGUCCUGAGACAGCAGCUUCAUGGUGCGCUGGUCUGACUGAGGAAGGGAUCAGAAGUUGCUACCAGUUACUGCAGAAGCUAGCGCUCACGACGAGGAAGCAUCCAAUGAUCCUUUCACCGCAGCUGAGAUCAAUGCCAUGCUCAUCUUCAGCGAGCAAACGGCGCAAGCUGAACGGCCGUUUCGGAGAAGAGUGACAAGAGCAGUUCUUUUUUAAUGCUAUUUUUCAUCACUAGUUUCUGCUCUGCAUGAAGUCAUAAGCGGCGAAAUAUAUAUAACUUUUGUAGUUUGUUCAGAAAAGAAUAAUUUAUUUGAGCAUAAU